AUGUCCGCACUGCUGGAAGUUAUCAAAACUACCGGAGCAGCAAAGGUUAUUUUCCUACAAGAAGUAUCAAAGAAAGCGCUUACAGAACUACUCGAAGAUCCCUGGAUCCAGCGAAAUUGGUACACAAGCAAUGUCGAUCACUCCGCUUUUAGGAUUCAAAAGUUCAUCAGUGUCACCCUAGUUUCCAGGGGCUGGGUAGCCACACAUGGUAUUCUGCUAGGCGCCCUCUGGAGGAUUUCACUACCAAGUCGUUUCAUACGAGACGCUCUGUGCUGCGACAUGAUCUUUAACUCUUCAACCAACAACACCUCUGGUAGAGGUUCCACCCGUAUCCGACUUAUCAACGUCCACUUGGAUUCCUUGCCAAUUAAUCCGUCACUCAGGCCAUAUCAACUUUCCAUUUGCUCAUCGUACCUGAGUACAGCUGGCCGCGGCAUCGUCGCCGGCGACUUCAGUCCUGUUCUCCCAGAAGAUGAUGACCUUGUGCGUACCUACGAUCUUACCGAUGCAUGGACAUGCCUUCAUCCAAACGACGCAGGUCACACUUGGGGUGUAUACGGUGAACAUGUCUUCCCACCAAACCGGUUCGACAAGGUUGCUCUUUUCAAUCUUACCCCUUCAGCCAUGCACAUCCUGCAAACAAGUGAAGUGGAAAUUUAUGGCGAGAAAAUGUCAGUUGGUGGAAUAGAACUGAUUGAAAAGGUGCAUUUUAGCGACCGUUUUGGUGUUUCGUGCGAGGUUAGAUGGGAUGAAGAUCGAGCACAGUCAGAAUGA